CUGCUCUACACAAAGUUCGGUUUUUACACUGGUAAUUAAUAGUUGCGCCGACAACAAUGCAAGGCCUCGCGGCAUCUUCCAUGCUGUCUCUGACCGUCGUUGUCGCUGUGUUCCUGAUCGGCAUGGCCGACCACUCCGACGGCCGGAGGAGGGUCAUCUCCAGCAGCUCCAACGAACCGUGCAAGGAGAUGACGCUCUACCUCCACGACAUCCUCUAUAAUGGUGCCAACAACAGCGCGAACGCGACUUCGGCAGCCGCGACCAAGCCGACGGCGCUGAGCACUACGCACUGGAAGAACGGCACCUUCUUCGGCACGCUCGUGGUGUUCAAUGACCCCGUGACUGUCGGGAAGGCACUGCCCGUGGCGGAGGCGGGGGACGAGCCGGCGAUACGCGCUCAGGGGUUUUACUUCUAUGACAAGAAGGAGUCGUACAAUGCGUGGUUCGGCUUCUCCAUCGUCUUCAACUCGACGGCCGCCACGGGCACCAUCAACCUCAUGGGCGCGGACCUCAUGUACGAGGUCACGAGGGACAUCUCUGUGGUCGGCGGCACGGGCGACUUCUUCAUGACGCGCGGCAUCGCCACCCUCCGCCUUGACGCCUACGAGGGAACAGUGUACUUCCGGCUGCAGAUGGACAUCAAGCUCUACGAGUGCUACAUCUGAUAACUUACUCCUCAAGUUUACAUUGAGCCACAAUAAGGAGUGAUGUGCCGUUGUUGUUGGCAAAGCACGGGCCUUCGUUUGGAUUGUGUGUGUGUGUGUGUGUGUGUGUUUUGCGGGGAUUUGGAUUUUGUGUUGUGGCCUUUCCAGCUUCUAUGUGUGCCCAUAACAGUUUCAAUAGUGUGACACUAUUUGUUUCACAUAACUAUAUAUUUGUAUUAUGUCUAAAUAAACAUAUGGGUGAUAUACAGGUGAGGUGACCUACAUUUCACUUAUGCCCAAAAAUAUUAAAUAUUCAUGUGUUUUUUAAA